UGAUAUGAGCGGUACCCACGAGGUUGGAGAACGUGCGCUCGCAACCGUCCGAAAACUCGUCGGUACUCUUGUGAUUCUCUUUGUCUUUGGUUCGGUUUUUUUUUCUUUUUUUUACAUUUGGUUCGCUUUUGGCAAGUGACUCUGGAUUAUAGCGUGCCGGUGCGAGUGGCUGUUAUUGGAUACGUAUACGUUUUGUUGGAGAUUCACGGUUAUGGUGGCAACCCCUGAGGCCAUUAGAAGGAUGUUGCCAUGAACGGACCGCUGGUACAACAGUCGUUCCCGCACACGAACGGCGUCGGCGGCAGCGUCUCGCGCCUCUCGAACCGCCGUCCGGUCAGCAGGUCGUCCGCCAUCCAGUCGGACUGUCCGCCGGACACGGACGCGCCGACCGCCGAAUCAUCCCCAAGUCUCGGCGAACGAUCCGUGUCACUGACGACACUGCAACCCACCAUCCCGAGGAUGGCCCAGUUGGAAACCUUAGAAGCCAAGAUGGCCAGUAUAGAAGUCUCAUUGUCGAGUACGCCGCGUCGAAAGAAAAACGGUAGUUUGAGCCUGGGCUCGUCCAUCCGUUCCAUCCCCAAAGAACUGGCGGCGAAAGAGCUGGAGAACUUGAGGAACGCCCUUAGAGACAAAGAGAACAUUAUUCAAAGUCUGAAGGGCCAACUCACAAUGCCCGGCAUGAGAUUGAACACGAUCAGAAACGGCAACAAUAACAUAACCAGCAACAGGGAGCUGAGCGAAGUGGAGAAGAAACAGGCCGAGGACAGACUCAACAGGCUCAAAACCGACAUCGACAACAAGAGGCUGACCAUCAAAAACCUGAAAAUGGCUUUGGAAAGGCUGGACAUCACUGACAACAUUGACGUGCGAAUACAACAAGCGGAGCUGGAAUAUCAGCUUGGGAGAGAAGAGUUGAACUUGCUGACGCUUUUGGAGGAGACGCGGGCUCUUCAAUUGUGCAUCGAGGAAUCCAAUAAAAAUUCAGACUGUCACACCUUGUACAGUUGUAUAUAUGGUAACGGAUUGUACGUCUUGCAAGCGAUAGAAGUGGAUUACGACUUGAAGAGUCCGAAAUUUGGGGCUGGCCAAAAAGAAUCUACGCCUGGUCUUUGGAUAGACUGGGCUCUAGAGGAAACGGGAUUGUGCAAAGAAGACAGAUUAGUCGAAGUCAACGGCAAAAUUGUUUUGAUGAAAAACAGAGAUGACUUGUCCAGACUUUUGGCUGCAGCACCCGAUCCAGCCCAACUGGUGGUACUGAGGAAAAUCUCCCCCGAAACCCCUGAAAUCACCAACAGCGUCGUCAAGAACGGCAUCAACGAAGUGAACGCCCUCCGUUCGGAACUCGAAGUGGUACGCGAACGAGCUGAGGAAGCCCAAAAAGUCAAGGACAGCCUAAGAUCAGACAACAUCAGACUCACCCACCGGAUUUCGUAUUUAGAAGAACAGGUAUCAGAACUGUUAACUCGCAAGAACGAAACGAACGACAUAAGAAUAGUCACACCUAAGCCAGUAAUUUCAACAGUCAAGACCAACCAAAACGUGACCAACAUAAACAUCACCACCCAAUCACCAAAUCCCAAACCAGAGAUGCAGGUGUUCCAAAAAGGGCCGCAGGUCACAACUUUAGUCUCCAGCAUGUCCGACCCACACGUAUCCGUACCCAUGAGGUCCAAGAGCAGUCUGUCCAACGUUUCCAACACCCACAUAUCAGCGCCCAGUCCCCAAUUAGACUACCACUGUCACAAGAACCACAGACACAAACACAGGCAGCCCAGAAACGGGCUGCCACCGAACCACAGUCUGGAGCACCCCGAUAAAGCUCUGUACAGAAAACACCACCACCACCACAGGGAAAAGGAUUAUAAUUCGGAGACGAGUUCGGCUGUGGAACACGUCACACGUUACAACAAGAGAAACACCGAAAGCAAUCACCGGUACUCCGGCGAUUUCAGCAAGGCCAAUUCGGAGAAGGAGUACAGCUCCGACGUGAUGGACCAGAGCUACAAAAAGGCCACGAAAAUCGUGCACGAACUGACGAGAAAUCGCGACAAUCUUUACGAAAAGCACAGACAAAAAUGCAUAACGGCCUCGGAAAAGUAUAACUCCGACAUUCUGAAACAUUACAACGCCAGAAAGUCCACGUCCGUCCUGGACUUCCGUUCCGAAAUACACAUUGGACCCAAAUACGUGGACAGUAAAAGCGUCGAGGAUUUGGACGCCUUAGAUUCAUCGUCGAAAAGUACAAACAGGAUUUACAAAAAGAUUCAGGAUUGUAGAAGCGUCAAGUCUUUGGACUUCGACAGUGACUGCAAUUCGACUUCGACACGAUUAAACGGCAAUACCAAGAGUGUGGAUUACACUUCGGAACCUUUGGACAGCAAUAAAAAGAUCUCGUAUUAUCACAAUUAUUAUAACGACAAACCUAGACCGACACCUCCUAAGAAACCAUUGAGACUUUCUUUGCAUAAAACUCAAAGUUUACAGUCGGUUGAGACUCCACCACAAACUCCGCACGAUUCCCCCAACAAGCACGAAUCCAGAAAAAGGAAUUAUCGGGGGGAAGUGCCGAUAUGUGUUAGUAUCAAAUCUCAUGAGCAUAACGGAGACUGUAAUGGGAACAAGGACAUGAGGUGGACCAACUAUAAACAGGGCAUUGAACAGCAUACAUUAGAAAAUGGGAGUUGGUGUUAAAGUAGAUUAAUAGGGAGUAUUGAUAAAGUAAAAUUAUUUAUUAGAGUUAUUUCUUAUAGAAUAAAAAUUUUAUGAUGUACAAAUGUUAUAGUUUUAAUCACGUGCUUUAAUAGCUGCAAUUAAUACGUACUUAUGAACGACUGAAUAAAAUAUAGAUGUAA